UUUACAAGUAGAGACGAUCAGGGUGUCACAUAAAGGACCGCCGGAGAUCAGAAGUUGGUCGUUGAAUGAAUACCCAAUUAAUUAAAAAGGCCCCAGAGGUCCAAACCUUUUGAUGUUCAGAUAGCUUCACCACCGAGGAGAGGAUACAAUUCUAUGCAAGAUGAUCCUAUAACGUCCUAGAUUUGCAGAUGCAGGAGUUGCACUGUUGACAUAUGUUCAAAGACUUGUUGUGUUCUCGCCGAUAGUCAUUUAACAUCUCGCACAGGUGCUUAUCUGAAUAAAGAUUUAGGUGGUUCUUCAACUUCUGCAAGUUCCAAGCCUCAUUGGCUGGUCCACAUACUUCAAUGACCCUCCGAAGACCUCCAUUGCCUCGUCUCCUUCUUGACAAUGUUUCUUGCAUGAGAAAUGCGCAACAGAUCUUGCGUCAUGUGAAUGUCUCUCUUCAUGAUGGUGGAGCUCUUGUGCUGAGUGGAACCAAUGGCUCGGGCAAAAGCACGUUCCUGCGUAUGUUAGCAGGGUUUUCUCGUCCUUCUGCUGGUCAGAUCCUCUGGAAUGGCCACGAUGUCACCCAGUCUGGCAUUUUCCAACAAUACAAGUUGCAGCUCAAUUGGCUUUCUCUGAAAGAUGCUGUAAAAGAGAAAUUUACUGUCCUUGACAAUGUUCAGUGGUUUGAAUUGCUUGAAGGCAAGCAAGGAAAGUCUCUGCCGGCCCUGGAGCUUAUGGGGCUUGGAAGAUUGGCAAAAGAUAAAGCGAGAAUGCUUUCAAUGGGUCAAAGGAAGAAGCUGCAGCUGGCCAGGCUGCUUGCUAUUGACCGUCCUAUCUGGUUACUUGAUGAGCCCUCUGUUGCGUUAGAUGAUGAUGGUGUGAAGUUGCUGGAGUAUAUAAUUGCAGAGCACCGGAAGAAGGGUGGGAUAGUAAUUGUGGCUACACAUCUACCAAUUCAGAUUGAGGAUGCCAUGGUCUUGAGGCUGCCUCCCAGGUUCCCUAGGCGGAUGACGUCAGUAGAUCUGCUUGGCCGAGCAGAUAUUUUGUAGUCCUUGUGAAAAAAAGCUAUUCAUGGAUUAGAUGAUAUUGAUGGUAUUGAUCUUUGGCCUUUGGCAUCCAGUAUAGCUUUUUGUCAGGAUCUUGUUCACAUCUGAGAUGAACAUCAUAAGCCUGUUUGUGGUCCCUAUAAGUGCAAAAAUGCACUCUUCGCGGGAUUAUGGUUUUAUAGUUCUAUUCUAAGUAUUGCCCAGUAUGGAUUCUACUCGGGGAAAUGUGACAACUUCCUUGGGGUCAUUCCUUGGGUAUUAAUUCGACAUGAGUUUGAUUGAAUGUGAGACAUGUCGGGAAAUGAUCAUUGUUUCUCUUUGAGCAUAGGAAAUGCAUGGUCAGUUGAGUUUGCUUAUUCACUAAUCCUUGAAGGCUUUUCUGAAA